GAGUUUUUGCAUGGGAAGAGAAUAAGGUUUGCUCUUCUGCUCCAGGCUUGGCUUGUGCUGCACCUCGAGGAGGCCUCAUUGAGACCUGCUGCAGCCUCUGUGCCCAAACACCCCCUCUUUUGGGGGGAGGCUGAUCCGGCCCAGCCGCAUGAUCGCAGUCAGGUGACGACGCCGAGCACAAAAGCAGCGCGGGAUAAGCAGCUCAGCGUGGCAGAUCAGCUGCUGCCCCGGCCCCUCUGCGAGCUGCUACUGCUCAGGGAAAAUGAGCACCUGGCCCCCUCCUCUGCUCUGGAGCCUCACCACGGUGUGUCUGACAGGUAUUGCUUUAGGCCAGACAACCACCACUCAGGCCCCUGUUGCAUCAACCUCGCUACUUCUGAGUGCUGCUACCACCCAAGUCCCUGUUGCACCAACCCAAAUGUCUUCUGUUGCCACCGCGACCUCAGCCCCCCCAUCCCCAUCUUCUGCUGGAAUGCUCUCAGUUGGAACAGUGACAAACCUCACCAGCCCUACAGUUGUGCCAUCUGCUGUCUCAAGCACAAACUCUCCCUCUCCAACUCUGCCCACCACCCCACGCAUCACUGCACUCACCUCUGGGAUUGCAACCACCCCUCAUGCACCCACAGCACCAAUGGCCACAUCCAGCAGUCCCUGGGCCACCCCUCCAGAUGUAACUGCAUCUCCUGGGGUCCCAUCAGUGGUCCCGUUUCUCAGCACCAUUGAGCCCUCAAACUGCAGCAGAGUGAAUGUGACAACAUGUGCUCCUUGCUCCCCAGGGACCAUUCCCAGCAAUGACACCUGGAGCUGCUUGUGCUGCACGGAGGGCUCAUGUGUGGACCCUGGUGCCUGUGCUCCUUGCCCUGUGGGACACUACCAGCCUGAGAGGGGACAGCAGCAGUGCCUGCCGUGUCCAAAGGGACGUUACGCCAACACUACGAGGAGCACCGUGUGCUCACCCUGCCUGCCUGGCCACUAUGCCAACGAGUCGGGGGCCGCAGCCUGCAGCGCGUGCCAGAAAGGUUAUUUUAGCUCACAGCAAAAUGCAGCUUCUUGUCUGCCUUGCCUGCCUGGAUCGUUCUGCAACACCACCAGCUGCACGCUGUGUCUGGCCUGUCCUGCUGGGCGUGAGGCUCCACGGGAGGCUGCUGAGGAGUGUACACUGUGCCGGGCAGGUACGUUCAAAGGUCUGGGUGAUGACACCUGCAAGCCCUGCGAGCCAGGGGAAUACCAACUGCAGCAGGGCCAGGAGAGCUGUGACCUGUGUCCAGAGAACCACUACUGCCCUAGCCCAGAUGUGAACCCAAUCAAGUGCCCUCCUGAUGCCUUCUGCCCUGUGGGCAGCACUGAGCCCCAGUACUGCAUGGAGAUCUUCCUGUACAAGGUGGGCAGCUCCUGCCAGCUGACGCCACUGGUGAUCGUCCUCCUGGCCCUCUUCUCAGCAGGCGCAAUUCUUAUAAUCUUUGUACUAAUUCUGAGAAGAAGGCAAGAACACAGCACAAAGUCUUUGAAGUCCCUGCUGCUACCACAAGGAUCAGAGCAGCACACAACGUAUGGAGUGAUGGAGCACACAGAGCCGGUGUAUGCUGGCUGGUAGAGGGGGAAAGGCAACCUGCAAGCACUGUGUUCCCUUUUCUGUAGGGUAAUGCACGCGUGUGCAUAUGUGAAAGAAGUUUGACCGUCACCAACCUAUUUCCGUAUUGCUAAAAUAAGCACAGAGAAAUGAAAUGCAAGUCAUUUUUCAGCUGUGCCUUUCUGUGCUGACCAACCUGGCUGGAUGCUGUUCUACAUCAAAUGGAUUUACAGCAGAAGCUUCCCCCUCUAAUUCCUAGCUCCACUCGCAAUAAAUACUUCUUUUUUUCCUUUCCUUAA